UCAUGCUGCUGCCAGGUCCAGAGUCUCUCAUGGGUCCCUGUACGGCCUCCCAUUGCUGCUGUCUCCAUCGCCACACUCUGCCAUGUGCCACUUUCAGGUCUCCUCACACUGCUGGUGGGUUCCAUUUUUUGUCAUAGGGUGCUGGCAGAUUACGGGCCUCCCAUUGCUGCUGCCAGGCCCGUAAUCUGCCAUGGGCCCCUGUACCGCCUCCUCAUGCUGCUGCCAGGUCCAGAGUGUCUCAUGGGUCCCUGUACGGCCUCCCAUUGCUGCUGUCUCCAUCGCCACACUCUGCCAUGUGCCACUUUCAGGUCUCCUCACACUGCUGGUGUGUUCCAUUUUUUG